AUGGCCUUUGGUGAUGACAAGUCUCCUGAUGAAGACACUUUCACGUACAAAAAACCUAAGAAUCAGACACACAGUCUUGAUUUGAACCACGACUAUUUCAUUAUAGUUGAAGAUAGUAACACAGAGUUUGAUGUCCGUGCCAAUUUAAUGAGUGAGGUGGCCGAGAAACUAGCUGGAAAAGCAAAAAAGUCAAAGGAAGUGAAAAAAGCACCAAUGGUGUGUGUGCUCAUCGAGGGUGGAACCAGGGCAAUCAAAGCGUUUGCUAGUAGCCUUGAUGCCGAAAUCCCCUGUAUUAUCAUCAGUGGUACUGGACGUGCGGCCGACUUCCUUGAAAAAUUUAAAACAUUGUAUGAUCGUGAUCCAAAUCUCCAGCCAGAAAAAAUGAAACAAAUGCUCAGCGAUUUCCUAGAGACGAAAGUGCACGAGAACGAGAAGAAAAAGAUGACAGAGAAGGAGAAAAAAAAGGAAGAGGAGAGGAAAACGGAAGAAAUCAAAGAAAUUACCGAAACCUAUUGGCAAUUUGCAAAAGCUUUAGAACGUCUGAAGAUAAAUCUGAAGAAAAAUGAAAAAAAGCUGGACAAUUACAUGCGAGUUUGUCAGAUUGACAGCGUGGAGUUGGACAAAAAUAUUUUGGAGCUUCUUUAUCUGCAAGAAAAAAAUCCAGCUGAUCUGUUGGAACAAGCACUCGAUUUGUCUCUUUCAUGGGAUAGAGCUUCAACCUUUGGUAAAAUUAUCCGACAGGACAGAUCUAACAUUCAGGACUCCCAAUUCAUUUUCAAGUAUUUCAAAAAGGCGGUGAAAGAUAAUAAGUUUGAAUUUAUCAAGACACUUCUCGACCUGGACUCAGAGGAAGAAAGCCGUCCCGGAGACAGUUUCCAACUUCAUAAAUUGCUGACAUACGGAGAACUAAACAAAAUUUACUCAGAGUCGAACCAAAGCGAUUUUCAAAUCGAAUUACGCGAUGAUGAAAUUAGCCGCACAAUUCAUCUACAUCACGUGGAAGGCAUUUUGGAGAAAGACGUUCACCUCAAAUAUAAACCGAGAUUUAAAAAUGAGAGUGAUUCCAAAAAAGAUAUGGUUCAACGACGAAAAGCGAGGCUUGAAAACCCCAUUCGUGAAAUGUUCGUGCACUCAAUUCUAUUCAACAGACUUGAGUCCAGUUUGUAUUUCUGGGAAAACCUUCAGUGCAAGGUAUCUGCUGCUCUCUUUGCUGCUUGGAUACUGGAAAACACUUUAAUAUCUCUUGAGAAAAGAAUGGAUUUAACUUUCUCAUCUAAAGUAGAAAUUAUUCGAAAAAGUUACAACGAGCGCGCGAUUGGUAUCGUGAAUCACUGUUUUCAAUACGAUAAAGAAAAAUGCAAAGAUAUACUGAAAAAGAAACAUGCUUGCUGGGGCAAAAUCAGCUGUGUGGACCUGGCCAUAGGUGCGCAAUCGAAAUCCUUCAUAUCUCAAGCAGCUUGUCAGUCAAUUUCAAAAGAAAGUUGGCGUGGAAAAAUAACUUACUCGAAUUCGCGAAUCCAAAUUGCCCUGGCCAUUUUCCUGCCAUUCAUAAUGAUCCCGUUCGUGAUUCAUUUUAGAAAUGAUUCAGAGACCAUUGAGGAAACAUUUAAAAGAGAUGUCGGUUCCCAAACUGGCGCCCAAGAAUCAACUAAAGAUUCGAAAUCCCAAAUUACAGCCAUCAAAUUAGACGCGAAACCUUUUCUCCGAAAGCAGCCUGGGCGGUUCUCGAAUUUCUACACAGCCCCUAUGAUUGUAUUCUGCCUGAAUACACUGUCUUUUAUGAUGUUUCUCAUCAUCUUCAGCUGGGUGGUGCUGCAUGGACUUGAGCCGGAGCCCCGAGUGGGAGAGUACUAUGCAAUGGUAUAUGUAGUGACUGCUGCCAUGGAGGAAGUGCGCCAAUUAUUCGAUACUGAUACUCUGGAUGCAAGCGUCAAGAAGAACUUGAAAGUCUUUUUCCGCUCUGGGUGGAAUUACGUGGACAUGGUAGCAAUCAAUACCUUCUUCAUAGGAGCAGUAAUGCGUUUUGAACUAAACUGGGGUGAGCAUGAUCGAUUAAUUUAG